AUGGCCGUUGAAGGGGAUGGAGGUUCGACUGCAGCCGGCUCGGCAGCAGGAGUCAGCCAUCUUCCUUGGCAACAAAUCCCGAAAUUUGUGCCGGGCACUACGAACCUUGAUGAUUACACGCAGCGCUUGAAGUUUCUCAAAGAGUUGUGGCCAGCCGAUAGCAUCCAGCACCUGGGGCCGAGAGCGGCUCUCCAAGUGGAGGGUUCGGCUUUUCAGAAAAUCAGCCGGAUUGCUCCGGAUAAGCUUCGGAGUCAAGAGGGCGUCCAGCUUAUCGUGGAGGCUCUCGGCGGAGCUUGGGGGAAAACUGCUGUUGAGGAAAAGUUCCAUUUCUUCGAGCAAGCCAUUUUUCAGGUGACACAGAAGAAUGACGAAACCAAUGAUUCCUACUUAGCUCGCAGUGACGCCUACUUUGAAGAACUUCUUACGCGCAAGGUGACCAUCGAGGAGAUCAGAGCCUACGUGUUACUUCGCCACAGCCAACUUGCCCCGGAGGACAAGAAGCGAGUUGUCAUUGAGUCCAAGGGUGACCUCAAGUACAAGGAGACAGUCAAGGCGAUCAGAUUGUUGGGUUCCAAAAUUUUUGGGGACCUUCAGAACAAGAAUGCCACAGGAAACCGAGGCUUGGAACGGAACAAGAUCUACGACGUGCACUACACGGAGGAAAACGGAGCCGAGGAUGUGUACUACAGCGCCGUGCCCGAGGAGGAGCCGAGUGACGAGGACCUCCUCUGCUACUUCAUGGACCUCAACGACGAGGACGCCGUCUACAUCACCGAGUUCGAGGAGAGCAUCGUGGACGCCAUCCAAGAUAGCGAAUUGGCGCCAGUGUAUGUAACAUACCAGGAGGCUCGGCAGCGGCUCCGCGAUAAAGCCAAAGCUCGUGGAUAUUGGCCUGCCAAAGGCCGUGGAAAGACGAAGGGAUUCGGGAAGAAAGGAAAAGGAUCUUCGUCGUCUUCGUUUCCGGGGUGGGGCACUGGCCGCAAUCGGUCUCUCGCGGACCGUAUCGCCAAUUCCACGUGCCGCAUUUGCCAUCAGAAAGGACAUUGGAAGCGGGAAUGUCCCCGCCGAUUGGCCCAGGAUGGCAAUGAAGCCAAGGUGGAGGUAACCCACUUUACCCAAGAGACCUCGGACACCUUUGCCCAGAACCUCCCAGAGAUUCUCCAUGCCAUGCCACCGGAGUCCGAGCCCUACAUUGGAGAAGAGGACAGCCAGGAAGCCAGACAGAUCGGAUGCUUUGAAGCUUCAGGGCAAGAUGGCGACCCCAGAUGUGGACGAGCCGUUGGUAGCUAUCUCGAUGUGGAGUUUGUGCGCCCAAAGGGUGUGGAGACACUCCGCGCGUGGGGCGACAUGACCUUGACUGCGGGGAAGCACAAGACCAAGACCUUCGCAGCGGCGUUCGACGAGGACUUGGUGUAUGCGGUGACCAUGGCGCGCAAGCAAUCCCUCACCAGCAGCUGGGCCAUCUCAUUCAAGAAUUAUUGCCUUGCCCGUCUGAAGGCAGCAGCUCGGGCGGAGCAGAUGGAGGACCAGAAGCGCCAAGGGAAGGGCACCCGGAAAGCGGCGUUCCCAAAUCGGAGCCAGAACACCGCGACCUUAGAGGACGAGGAGGCGGCGUUCCCAAAUCGGAGCCGGAACACCGCGACCUUCAAGGACGAGGAGGAGUUCGGGGAAUGGAAGCUGUGCCUCAACGAAGGCAGAGCGACCGGAAGCUCAGCAUCGACGGCCGAGAAUCACAAAGGCAAGAGGGCGAAUGCCCAGGAUCCCAACCCCGCGAUGAACACCGACCUCACCGCGGAGCAGCGCCUCGACAUCAUGACCAGGAAGGCGCUACUGCAAAGGGAGCUUGCGCAACUGGAGCAGUUGGAUCCGUCUUGGGACGAGAAGAUAGAAGACAAGCUCGGGAAACUUGAUAGUGAGACUGAAGACUUCCGGAAAAAGAUGCACUACAAGCUUCCUCGGCUUGAUGUCCUGGAAAUCACUCUGGCGGACAGUGGAAUCAGCAAUGCCAUUCGGAAUCGCCAGGGCCGUGCAGUAUCCAUUAAAACAUGGGAUGCCAGUCGCAUUUGGUUCAUGAUACAUAUGUACGAGCCCAAGCACCUCUGGAUGAAUGGCGGGAGACAGGAUCCUUCAAAGGUAUUUUGGCCAAAAGAGCUAUUGUACGACCUGUAUGAGCAUCAAAUUGAACACGGGCGCCAUUUUCAUCUGUGCACUGGUCAAAAUAUCUUUGCAGAGUCCUCUCCGGAACUGCAGGACGUGAUGCACGGCACCAUGUGCGCAGUUCACUGUCCUUCGGAGGCGAUGGGAUUGGGAAAGAUGCGCGGCAACAAUUUUCUGAACAAGAAAAGCUUUAUCUAUACGACUUCCAGAGUGGUACAUGAGGCAAUCGACACACGUAAGGAGCCGACUCACCUUUCCAACCCCAGCCAAGCAACAAGCAACACGUCUGCACCACGAAGCCCGACAUGGCAGCUCCGACUGGCUGAGCAAGCAGCAGCAGCAAUGAUCUCUGACCGUAGUGUUCCUUUGUACCUGUCUGAGUUACUAGUAGCAGACCUUAAGCGUGAAGGGGACCUCAACUUGAGUAAUCGUGCCGCGCUUGAAAAUGUUCAGCAAGUUGUGAAGCGCCGACGGCUUCUUCGGAAGCAACCGGCACCGGAAAUGUGCAAGGCUCGGGAUCAGUUCAAGGAUGCCUCGUGGAUAGCUAUCUUUAAGAAGUUUGAUGUUCCUCACCGUGGCAGGGUGUACUUCAGGGAUGGGGAUGAGGUUGUAAAACAGGUUCAAACACUGAUCCCGCAAUUUCAAAUCAAGCACGUGGUGAUGGCUCGUGGCACCAACCGUGUUCAGCUGCCAAAACCUGGUCUCGAGAUACAGGAUAUUCCCCUUCGCCAAACCAUAGUGGUUUCUAGGGACAAUGGUAAGGUGAUGGCAGAUGGUGGUUGCGAGCAGUGGACAAAGCCUGCAGCGAUUCACCUUGAUGCCGAUUUCGGGGAUGUACUGGGCAUGGAUGUAGCAUAUUGGAGUGGGCAAAGUGGACAUAAGUACAUGUUCACACACAUCCUCGAUGAGGCAACGUUGUUUCAUCAAGCUACGGCCACCGGUAGGACCAUGGAAGACCAGUACGAAGUUCUCACCGACAGCUGGAACAAAUGGGCUGGACCAUGUCAACUCCUCUACGUAGAUCCUGCAGGUGAGUAUGUAGGAGAGUGGUGGCGAGAGAGGCUGCAGCGUGACGGUGUUUGCGCUAAAGUAGCUGCUGGUGAGAGCCAUUGGCAGGUUGGUAGAGUGGAGGCUCACGGGAAAAUUCUGAAGGCGAUGUUGUCCCGUAUGGAUGCCGAGACCCCAAUCACAGAUGAUGCAGAGUUUAGGCAGUGUCUUAGAGUCGCAGUCCAUGCAAAGAAUUCUCUUAGUCGAGUGCGGGGUUUCACACCGGAGCAAGCAGUUUUUGGCAAGUCGUCCAGACUUCCAGCCAGCCUUGUCUCAGAUGAGUUGACGGCUAGCCAUGCGCUGGCCACCAGCUCACUUCCCGAGGGUCUUGCCUUUCGACAGAGCCUUCUGCGUCGGGAACAGGCUAGGGUUGCUUUUGUACGGGUAGACAAUGAUACUGCGUAUCGCCGGGCUCUGUUGCGAAAAACACGGGCCAACCUUCCGACUUUCGCUGCUGGCAGUUGGGUUCUCUACUGGCGACAGCAGCGAGUAGGCAGUCGCUCUCGGGGCGAACGUGGCCGCUGGCAUGGUCCCGCACAGGUAAUCGUAGGUGAUGAGCGGGUCGUUUGGCUAUCGCAUUGCGGCCAGUUGGUUCGAGCAUCGCCCGAGCACUUAAGGUCGGCAUCGCUUCGCGAGUGGGAAGUCUUGCAACAACACAGUCAGGGUUCCCUCCACAACUCCCCCGAUAGGCUACCUAGUAGGGGUGUAGUAGAUCUGCUUCGUGAGGGCGAUUUGCCCACUAGAGAAGAUGUAGAGAUGGAGGGUGUUGCGCCCGCUUCGGAGCCACCGCCGGUAGCCGGGGCCUCGCCGCCUGCUGUAGGUGAAGUAGAAGGAGGGGUAGGUGAAAUAGACACCGGUGGAGGUUUUGAGAUUCCUGUAGACAGUGGUGAGACCCCGCCUUCGGCGGUAGGGGCUGAGCAGCCUGAAACCGAAGUCUCACCUGCCGUCUCGAUGGAGCAAGAACAUGAAGAGCCGAUGGAGGUAGAUCCUGUAGAGGUUCCUGUACCAGAGGACGAAGAUGACCUUCUCUUCGGGGACUCUGAAUGUUUCUUGAUCCAUCCAAGUUCGGAGCAAGUGUGGGAGAUUGGGCUUCACGAAACAGACGUAGACUACAAGGAUCUCCCGUCACCCGAGCAGGCCCUAAACUUUGUGAUGUUAGCCAGCACCGAAAGGAAAAAGCGCACAGAGGUUAGGCUUAGGGAUCUCAAUCAACAUGAGCGCCAACUGUUCAAAGAAGCCCAAAACAAAGAAAUCAAAGCCUGGCUCGAUCAUCGGACGGUGCGUCGGGUUGCAGCUGGAACGCUUGAGGACUCUCAGCUGAUGAGAUGUAGGUGGAUCCUCACCUGGAAGGCUCCUGAGAAGGAGGGUGGACCGCAUAGGGCCAAGGCUAGGUUGGUGGUUUUAGGUUUCGAGGACCCCGGGUUGUCUGAUAUACCCAAUGACGCACCAACGUUAGGGAAAGAUGGUCGCCAGUUGAUCUUGCAACAAGUGGCUUCUCGACAGUGGAAGCUCAUCAAUUUCGAUAUCUCCACAGCUUUCUUGCAGGGCAAAGGGGACGGCAGGAAGUUGGGCAUCAAACCUCCCGAAGAACUCCGAGAGGCUUUAGGUAUGGGUCCCACUGACCAGUGCCGCCUUGAAGGCGGAGCGUACGGAAGGAUUGAUGCUCCUUUCUUGUGGUUCCAGACUCUCAAGCAAACGUUGGAAGAGCUGGGAUUCAUCCAGAGCCCUUUUGAUCCUUGCACGUUCAGUCUUGUCACUAAAGGACCUGGUGGGGAGCCUAGGGUACACGGUGUUCUAGGGAUCCACGUUGAUGAUGGUAUAGGCGGGGGUGAUGCAUAUUUCAGCAGGGUCAUUGAGCAGUUGCGGGGCAUUUAUAGCUUUGGGUCCUACGACGAAGGAGAGUUCGUGUUCACCGGGAUUCGUUUUCGACAGUGGGACGACGGAAGUAUUGAGAUGGAUCAAACAGCUUAUCUCGAAAAGAUUAUGCCUAUUCAUGCCAAUAAGGUGCUUCACGAGGCAAAGUCACACGCUGUGUCCCUGAUGGUGGUACCGAUUCCUGAGAAACACCUUACCUUCUGCACAUUUUCCGAUGCUUCUUUUGCUUCGUCCAAGGAUAACCAUUCGUAUCAGGGCACUUUGGUCAUCGCCACGGAUUGGCGUAUGCUUCAGAAUCAGAGGGCCGUGAUUGUUCCAGUAGCGUGGGCAAGCAAGAAGAUCUCCCGAGUUGUGCGCAGCACUUUGAGUGCUGAAGUGGUCGCGCUGUGCGGCUCGCUUGACAGAAUGUCAUGGUUGAGGCUGUUUUGGGAAUGGAUUAAGAACCCGGGAAUUGAUAUUUCCCACCCUGAAGAAGUUUUGAAAGAAGCUCCCAAAGCCUCGCUUGUGACGGACUGCAAGAGUGCUUACGACGUGCAUCAGUCGAAGAUUCUGGCCGACAUCCGGCUCAACAGCGACAGAGGAGGGAGGGCAGAGGUUCGCUUGAGCUGUCAAAAGGAACAGGGUUCCGCGGAAGGGGCUACAAUCUAG